CCCUUCCAAACUGAUCAAUUACAAAGUCUGGCCCGCGGCUGAUAUUUUCUUGGCAUAAGCAUACUGUUAUGAAUGGUCCCAUCCACAAGCUUUCAUGCGGGGCAUGUAUAUUGUAUGCAGUGUGAUGAGAGGCGCUGCGGUCAGAUUUGAUCUCGGUAUAUCUCCUUGAGACUUUUAAGUUCAGUGCCAAUAAAACUCCCUCGCGUUCCUGUUCCUGAGUUUUGAGGUCCUUGUGCUUUCUUUCCAAAGUUCAUUCUUUACCCCACACCCUCUCCUCGGAGAACGAAAUCACAAUGGGUCAAUUCUUGAAGUUAGCGAUAGCUUUCCAGUUCUUAUUCUCCAUUAUCAGCGGCCUUGAACUUUUUAACUUCGAGAAAUCUCAAUUGACUCCCCGAGAUAUCCUCACUCAGUCAGACCAGAACGCAUCUCUCCUCAAAUUCGCUGAACGGGAUGAUCCCCCUCCACUCAACACGACAUGUAAAGUCUUUCCUGGAGAUGCUCUCUGGCCAAGUGACGCCCAAUGGGCGCUUCUCAAUAGUACUACCGAUGGAGCAUUGAUCAAGACUAUCCCACUUGCUUCCCCAUGUUAUCCUGGUCCACUCUCCAACACCGAUCAAUGCUCGUACCUCACGGCAAACUGGGCAAAUUCUUCUAUACAUAUGGUCGAUCCGACCUCCCCAAUGUCCCCCAUCUGGCAAGGCCGAACAUGCGAACCACCCACCCUCGCCCCGACUCUCAACGGGACGUGCACCCUAGGCGGCUUACCGUCAUAUUCCAUCAACGCAACUACAGUCUCGCACAUUCAAGCUGGUAUCAACUUUGCUCGCAACACUGGCAUCAGACUAGUGAUCAAGAACACCGGCCACGAUUUCUCUGGCAAGUCUAGUGGGGCAGGAUCACUGAAUAUCUGGACUCAUUAUUUGAAAGAUAUUGCAUUCACUGCCAAUUAUGCGGGAGAUGCGUACGGAAACUAUUCUGGGCCGGCGUUCAAGGCUGGGAGUGGGGUGCAGGCGUGGGAGAUUUAUGAGGCGGCUGAGAAGGAGGGUGUUACUGUCGUUGGUGGUGAAGGGAGGACGGUCGGAGUAAUGGGCGGCUACAUCCUCGGCGGCGGCCACUCCCCUCUGUCCUCGAUCUACGGCAUAGCAGCAGAUAGCAUCCUCUCCCUAAACCUAGUCCUCGCCUCCGGAGAAUUCGUCACCGCAUCACCAACCUCAAACCCAACCCUCUUCUGGGCCCUCCGCGGCGGCGGCGGUUCAACGUUCGGCGUCGUCACUUCUGUCACAAUAAAAGCCUACCCGCCCCUCCCCGUCACAACCUUCUCCCUCGCCUUCCCGCCAAACAUAACCACCACCGACUUCUGGAACGGCGUGCGCUCUUACCUAACCUUCUUCCCCUCCUUCACAGCUGCUGGUACCUACGGCUACUUCUUCAUCUUCCCCUCCUCCCCCGACUCCACCCCAACAUUCCUCCUCUCCCCCUUCUUCGCCCCGAACCUCUCCAUCCCGCAAACGCAAUCCCUCCUCACCCCUUCCCUCCCCUUCCCCCUCCCCAUAACCUACACCCACCACGCCACCUACCUCCCCGCCUGGACCGCCUCCUUCCCCCAAGAACCCGUCUCCCGCUCAUCAGGCUAUUUCGGCUCGCGCCUCUUCCCUUGCUCCAAUUUCCUCUCCCCGAACUCCACCCUCUUCAACGCCACCUUCUCCGCCAUAAAAACCUCCGUCGAAGCCGGCUACUCUCUGAUCUCGUUCCAGAUCCGCGGAGCCGUGCACCCGUCCAACGACCCCGACAGCGCCGUCAACCCCGCGUGGCGCGAGGCGGCGAUGCAUUCCAUCCAGACCAACGUGUGGAACGCCACUGGGGACAUCGCUGCACUUGAGGUUGAGGCGCGGCAGAGUUUGAAUGGAAGGAUGGAAGAGUGGAAAGCGGUUACGCCUGGGUCGGGGGCGUAUUUGGGGGAGAGCGAUAGGGGAGAGACGGGGUGGCAGACGAGUUUUUAUGGGGCGGAGACGUAUGGGAGGUUAGUGGGGGUGAAGAGGGGUGUUGAUCCCGGGGAGGUGUUUUGGGCGAAGACGGCGGUGGGGAGUGAGGGGUGGGAGGUGAGGAGUGGGGAUCCGGUUGGGAAUGAGGAUGGAAGGUUGUGUAGGGUUUAGGAGGGAAUGAGAAGAAAAGUUUGAGGUUUAUGUUGUGAUGCUAUGUUUUUUUUUGGCAUGCUGAGUGUUUUGCUAUAUUCCAAGAUGCAGCUUGGGCUUAGAUAUAGUGCGAGGAGAAAUAAGUGGAUAUGUAUAGCAGCCUGUUGGGGCCACUUAGCAAGAACAAUA